AGCACGUGUACUCCGUUGUUCAGUCUUCUAUCUUUUGCUGUCUGUCAAAACAAAAUAUUAUGAAUUGCGUUGUGUAGCGUUGUGCUACAAAAUCUGAUAGACUGAUAAAUUAUUUCAUGUAAUUUCAUUUUAUAGCAAUAGCAAUGUCGUUAGUUUUAACUAAAGCAGCCCUUGCGUUAAAGAAUGCAGAAGCUAACUUUAAGGUUGUAAAGUUUGAGGCGCACAAACCUAAGAAAAAACAGAAUUUAGAAAGUGAACAUACAGACACUAUUUCCAAUAAACCGACCGGACCAUCGAAAGAUUUAGACUUGAAGAAGAUUCGACAUGAGGUAGUUAAAUUUGGCAUGUCUGGUUUUGAUCCUACGAAGAAAGAAGAAGCCAAAAUUGCGUUAGCGGUAAGCUUAGGGGCUAAACCUCCGAAAAAAGCAUAUGUUAAUUACAAAGAACUUAUGAGUAAGAGAAAAGAGGAGAAGCAAAAGGAAAAAGAAGAGAAAGAAUUGAUGAAAUCUAAGAGCAUAAUGCAUACAACUGGCCAAAAGAAAAAGAAAGGCUCUAAGAAUGAUGUUGGUCAUUUCUUGAGCAACUAUGGCAAGGUGCAAAAGAAGGAUUUGAAGAAAGUUAAUGACAAGAAAUCUAAGAAGAAAAAGAAAUGAAAUAAUUAGUUAAACUUGUAAUUAAAAUAAU